AUUAAAGUACCUCAAAAAGGAUCGAAGUUUCGUCUUUGCAACAUGGUCAUAUAAAACCAUUCACACCAUAAACUCGAUAAACUAUGGGACUGUGACCUUUUAGUACAGUUUACUCGCUCCUAUCAACACUGCGUAAAAAAUGCGCAGAACUUACCAGUUACUCAGCGCUUCACAUAAGAGACAUCUGAUGGGUAUUUGCGCUGGGUGGAGUGCAGGAAGGCCAUAUCUUUACAGGAAAAAGUUGGCAGUACUAAAGUAAAGUGGGCUUUUAUCUGCAUUUCCCCUCUCACACCGUAAACGUAUUGUGUGGUUUACAUUAGUUAUUUGUUAGAUACUGUAUUUAUUUACUUCAUUCAGUUUGAUAUGGCUUGCGAAGGUUCGCAAGAUGAUCAGAUUGGAGAAGCUCUCUUAAAAGGGGUGGUAAGACAUCAGGUGAUGAACGUGGCAACAGAAGGAAAUGUGACUCCCCUCUCCAUUCUCGAAGUUCGGACAAUAAGUAACAGUCAAGAUCAGAAGCUUGUUGAACAGUUGGCAGAGACCAUCAAAGUGAUCGGUGACAAACUUGAUCAGGAUACAGAAUUUAACGAUAUGAUUGAUGGCUUAGUUAAAGUGUGUGAUAAAAGCAGUUUCUCGAAACUUGUGGAAAAAGUUUUUAAAGACGAACAGAUCAACUGGGGAAGAAUUGUAGUGCUGUUCUACUCAGUUGGAAAACUUGCUGCAAAGAUGGUCCUUGCACAUUUACCCAGAGUUGUUUCUGAUAUUCUGACUUUAAGUCUGGAUUACUUUAGGAGGCAUCUGUUGGAUUGGAUUUGCAAAAUGGGAGGAUGGAUAAACAGUAUCCCCGCCCUUGCCCGUUUCUCCAUCGAGCGGUUUUCUGGUUCUUCGCAGAGUUCUUGUUCUUUAAUUUUUGGAGCUGUGCUGACCUUCACCAGUGGUGCACUUCUUGGAGCUCUUAUCGUCUGGAGACAUCACAAAACCAGUUAAGAUAGACAGAAUGGAGCAAUCACAGCAGAAGAAUCUUUAAGACCAUGCAUGUUGUGAAAUUUAAUUAAGAUGAUUUGCAGUGUGAUCUUGUAAUAUUUAUCUUUAUAUAAAUGCAGAAUAAUGCUCAUUUAAUUUGAUAUGUAUUUAUGUUAUUUUUGUAAAACAUUUAAUCUGGUUGUGAUAUAUGAGUGUUUUUCGUUUGGAUCAGGACAGAGUAGUUGACAUAGGUACUGUAUACUUUAGAAAAAAAUAUUUUUGUGUAGCUUCUUAUAUUAAAAUGUGUAUGAUCAUUCAUUCUUUUUUGUGUGUGUGUGAUUUUCUUUCUAUAUAGUCAUCCUAAAAUGUUUGAGCUUUGCCUCUGGAGACCUAGGCCUUUUGUAAGAUUUUAUUAGACCUGUUACGGACACGGUUAUGGACUUUGUAAUAUUGUCUUUUCUGUAGGAAUGUGUAUAUCAUUCACGGUGCUGUAUUGCUUUACUGUUAGUAAAUACAAAUCCACACAAAAUAGAACAUUAGCAAAACUGAGAUUCUAGAUAAUAGUAGCCUAUUCAUGAAUAAGGUUCUUACCCAAAUAUGGUUUGCAUCUGGGAGCAACUCCCACCACGUUUUUUUUUUGUUGCCAAAAAACAACUGUUAACUACUGCUUAUUGUUUGUGUUUUUCCCUGUAUGUGUGGCCUAAGUGGUGCAUAUUUGUGGUUGUGGUAGCGGGAACCAUAUAGUAUAAGGAAAUAACAAAUGACUAUAUGUGCCUUUCCACGAAGCAAAGUAGCGUAAUGUUUCGCUUUCUUUUUCGCUUAGCUUGACACUAGCAGUCAAGAUACUGUGCAGACCCGGAACUUUAAUCUUUCAGCUAGAGUCUAGACUUACCAAGCCUUACUCUUGAAACCUUCUAAAAGUUUAUUUCACGCUGUUUAAGUUGUGGUCUAUUGAGGUUUGUACAGGACCAAUAUAUAUCUAUAUAUAUAUAUAUAUAUUGAUUUCUAAAUCGACGUACCUGAAGACCAAGGAGGGAAAUACUGGGGUCAUGACAGGUAACGUAGGUUAACGUUAACUUAUUCGGCUCUAAAUACCGAAACCAUUAUUUCUUAUGUAAAGUAUUCUAAAAAUCCAGUAGUGAUAUUUUCUUUGGCAUGUUUUAGAGGUGCAAUUUUCAAAGAAUCUUGUACUUAGGUAAGUUUCACUUUCUCCGCAUCGCAAUGUUUUUUAAGUUGACAGUUUGGUUCACUUCUACUGAUUUUUGCAAGUUAAAGUAUUUAUUUCUUUUUAGUAAUUUUGUUGUUUGUCUAUUAUUAAAAUGAAAGGUGUCGCUGUUUGUGUUUAGAGCAAUGCGGGAUGAGGUCCAGAGGCAGGGCGCGUGUGUACAGCCUCUUCCAGAGCCGCAGCCGCUGAAUGAUGAGCAGGAGCAACUACUGGGUCAGAUGGCCGAAGUCAUCCGGUUCAUCGGGGACGGUCUCGAUCGGGACCCAAAAUUCAAUAACAUGGUUGAUGGAUUUGCACGUGUGGCUGACAGAAAGAGUUUCCAGAAACUUGUAGAUCACGUUUUCGUUGAUGACAUUACCUGGGGAAGAAUUGUUACUCUGAUCUGUCUUGUUGCAAAAUCUAUUGUAAAGAUGCUUACUGUAGUCUCAAGAAUUGUGUCUUGGACAUUGGAUUACUUCAAUGACAGGCUACUGCACUGGAUCUGCAAUCACGGAGGAUGGGUAAAUAGUAUCUCUUCCUUGGCUUGUUACUCUUUUGAGAGAGAUGCUGCAUCUUCAGCCAGCUUGAUCUCACCUGCCUCUGGACUGUUCUUUAUCAGUGGACUUCUGCUAGGUGGAUACAUCGUCUGGAGAAUGAACAGAUGCGCCUGAGGGUGGUUAAUAGAGGAAUGUAGAAGUAAAAAAAGAGCUGCUAAAGGAUGCAGGAAGUUACAAACCAAAACAAUGCAAAGUUAGUUUGGAGACCAAAAACAGACACACAUUUACCACAAAUGAGAUAAUAGUAGUGUAUAUAUAUGAAAUUAUUUUUAAUUGGAAAAGCUGUAUAUUGUGUCUGAAAAGAUGACAAGUAUAUCUAACAUAUUGAGAUUUUUUUCUGAUCAGAUAAGAACUACAAGAAAUGGUUCUUUGAGUCAGUGCAGAAGAACAUUUUAAAUAAUAAUGUGAUUAUUUUUUCUUGCAUUUAAAAAUGAAGAGACUUUAAAAUACUAACCAGCAAAACUUAAAAUGUCAUGAAAUGUAGUACGAAGACUGUUUACUGUAAUUUUGGUGGCCGUUGUCUGCCUAACUUUCCUACCUCAUGCCACUGACUGAAAUCCUUGAAUUUUAAAGAACAACAUCAAUUAAAAAAAGAAAACUGGUUGUUUUGCGUCUGCUGAUUACCUACCUUUUCCUUGCAGAAGAAAAAUCACACGUCUAGUUUUUUCUUCUCUUUUUUAAUUGAUCUAGGUUUGCUUAUAAACAUUAACAGGUUAAAAAGAGACGGAAUGCUCAGAGUGUGAUUGUAUAUUUUCCAAAUCUUAAAAUGUAGUGAUAUGUCGAUUAAUAAUGUACUAAGAGAAAACCUGUUUAAUAAUUCCCUAGAACAGUAAGAAAGGCUACUCUCCAAAAAUGUUUGAUGUGAAGGAUAAAUACAUCUUUCUUUUAUUAUUGUCUAACUGCUAUGUUUGAAAUUGUCACAUAAUUGCUGUACUUGCAAUGUUUUGUGUUGGGCUUUAACAAACAGUUGUGAUUCUGGAUUUGUACUCAAACUCUCAUUUUACUGUAUCUCUUUGAAAAAUUCAGGGCGGGGUGUUUCAGAGUAGUUAAUCCCGCUGAAAUGAAAAGCCCGUGCAACAAAGACCCAAUUGUUGGUUUAGUAUUCAAAUACCUGGAAGAUAAAGAAAAAACAUGUAUAACAAUUUUGAUGGUGUUUAAAUUAACACCAAAUUGUGGUUCAAGAACACAGGUACACUCUAAAAAAUAAAGGUGCGUCACGAUGCCAUAGAAGAACCUUUUUCAUUUAAAUGGUUCCAUAAAGAACAUUUAACAUCUGAAGAACAUUUCUGUUUCAAAGGCCUCUUUUACAAAAGACUCUUUGUUCGAAAAAAGGUUCUUCAGAUUAUGAAAAGGUAGGAAAGAGAUGGUUCUUUAAAGAACCUUUGACUGAAUGGUUCUUUGUGGAAACAAAAAUGGUUCUUCUGUGGCAUCGCUGUGAAGAACCUUUUAAGCACCUUUUUUCUUUAAUGUGUAAGGUAAAACAUUAAUAAAGCAAACACAACAUUUAAUUACAAUCAAAAGCUCAGGCUUGUUAUGGUUAAAUGAUCAACCAACCAAAAUACUUAAUACACUUUUGAAUUAACAUCAACAUUUGAAGAAUGACACAGGACACAUAUUGAAAAUUUUGGCAUGAGCUUUUAACAUUUUUAUUGAUUUUUUGAUAACUUUUUCUUUUUAAAUUGGAUUUCAUUUUUCUAAUGGUUUUUAUUUUUUCCUAUCUGUAAUGGAGAAGAUUUGCUCAGUUAGGUUUGCAUUCACGUUCAAACUUUCAUACUUUUAGUAAUAUAACUAUUUUUUUAAGUCUCCGUUUUCACAAACUCUGUUAAAUUAUUACAGUUUAUUAAUUGUUUCUUUAUACAUUUCAAAAAUAUAAAAGGUAAAUAAUAAACAUUCCAUUGAAAUAUAUUUUAUACAGUUCUUGUUAUUUUUAUCUCCUUUUUUAUGACAAUAAAAUUGUAUCCAGCAUCAGUCUUGGUAGCAUAGAACUCAUCCAUUAUUUUGGGAACCUUCUCUUUCUCCUGGCCUCUCUCUCUUUCUUAACUCUCUCUCUCUUUAUCUCUGUCAAAGUUUAUUACCUCGGGGGGUUGUGUAUGGUUAUGGUUGCGCUCAGCAGUAGACACAGCAGCUGCAUAUGCUGUGAUUGAUAGUGCAAUGAAUUCCCCCUUUAAACAAACCCAAAACUCUUAAGUUAAAGCAUAACUAAAGUUAAAAAAAGAAAGAAAAAACAGGUUGUUUCAACAUCAUGUGCCCAGAAUAGAAUAAUGGCUUCACUGACACAUGUGGUUUCAAAUCAACUGCUGCAUUUUUAUUUCAGCUCUGAGUCUGUGGAAGCUCAAGUAUAGCUAAAAUGGCUACCAAGAUACACCAGGCACAGAAUAAACAAACAUUUACAAGCAUAAAAAAUAUACAUAAGUAAGAUAAAAAUGUUUUGGUAUGGCUACAUUAUAGCCAUAACAUAUUUUUGGUACGGCUACAUUUUAAAGAGGACACAUUAAAGAAAACUGUAACAGGUGUUUAGCUGUUCUUUCUUUCUUUCUUUCUUUCUUUCUUUCUUUCUUUCUUUCUUUCUUUCUUUCUUUCUUUCUUUCUUUCUUUCUUUCUUUCUUUCUUUCUUUCUUUCUUUCUUUCUCUCUUUCUUUCUUUCUUUCUUUCUUUCUCUCUCUCUCUCUCCCUCCCUCUCUCUCUCUCUCUCUCUCUCUCUCUUUCUUUCUUUCUCUCUUUCUCUCUCUCUCUCUAUAGGUGCCUUGGAGAGAGAUACAGCAGAGAAGAGAGCCCAGGCGAAAGAGACGGUUACCUCAUUCGGUCCAUUCACAAAUUAUUCACAAGUUAUGUCCUCAUUGUAUUCCAUGCAUGCAUUAUUAUCUUCAAACAACUUCAAACAAUAGGAUAGAAAAACACAAGAACACGAGAUGCAAAAAAGCUUCUUCCUCAAAAAUAGAGAAGGAGAGGGAAGAGAGGAGAGAGAAAUGAAAGGUGGAUGCAAACAGGAAAAGAGUGAAGAUUGAUUCUGGCUUUAUUCUGCUCCUCUCUGAUAUGUUUUGUAUUUGGGUUUCAAGUAAAGGUAUGCAAGUGUCUAGCUGUUCUCGAGGAGAUGUGAGCUCACUCAGCAAGUGCAUGUACGGCCAAAACACACGGGGCACAUUCUCACAUACACUGGAAUUACUCGAGAGAGAGGUUGUGUCCAAUUUACAUACAGAAACAUUCAGGGAACAGUUUCAGGCACACUGGAUUUAAUAUAAGGGAUGAAAUGAACAUGUCCCCCAAUUCCAAAAACGAUGACACUAAACAAUUGGAAACAAAUGGCGUUCCGUCAUUAUUGCUCCUGCUCGGUAAUAUCUAUUUGUGAAACUGUCAAUUCUACAUUAUGAACGACCAGAGAGGCACAUCUCAUCUUAAGCAUUUGCCAAAUGCGUGUGAGAUGCAAAUAAACAUUUCCUACAUAUAAAAUAAACCGGUUUCAAACCAUGGAAGAUUUGGUAACGUGUCCUACAUAUCCACUGACAAGACUAUAUAUGCUUACAUAUAACUGUACAAUUUAAUUUGAAAAGUGCAUGAAUGUCUUCCUGCGUUGCCUAUAUACCGGGCCUCCAAACCGGGCCUCCAAGCGUUUCCAAAAGAUAACCCAAGGAAGGAAAAUCAGUGCACCACUAAAAGCAACACGGCUACUAAAGCUACACGUCUGUCGCACCUUCAAGCUACUUGGAGCAGUUGCUAACAUUUGAAGUGGUUGAAGAAAUAGCUUCGAUGUACACUGCACAAUGCUGGCCCUUGUCUAUGUGGUGAAGAAGCUGCGUCUGUGUCGUUACCCCACUGUCUGGACACACAGCACCAGUAAACAGACACCAGCCAGCUGGCCUGAGGACAUGACAUGUAUGGAAGCUGCUAAGGUCUUGCUUAGGUGUUGCAUAGGUAGUUGCUAAACUAAGUUUGCAUCACAUUUCGAACAGAAUGGAUGAUGAACAUGGACAGAAUAGGAUAAAUACAGUUCAACAUCAUCAUCUCUUGUUUGUGAAACAAACAAAAGUGAACAGGUUUGAUAACAUUGUCAUGUUUACACCACUAUGAUGUAAAAACAGUAAUAAUGAAAUUAUGACCUGCUACCUCCCAGAACAAUGCUGUUUAAUCCUAAAUCCAUUUUAGUAUGGGAUGAAUGGUGCUGGAUUGGUGGGAACGUUCUGGUGUGUUACGUUUGUAUUGUAACAAACUCCUGUGAAUCUUUACAAGAAAACAAUCGAACAAACAAAAUGAAAUGACUGAAAUAACACUCCGUCGACAUCUUGCAAACAUUAACAAUUUUGUACCACCCAACAAAAAAGUGCUGUUAAAUGCUGAUGAAAACAUUCUAAACAAAACAAGCACUACAAAACCAUCUUCUGGUUUCAACUUGUCCUCCUGAGCACCUUUGAUGUUAGAUGUUAGGGCUUGAUAGGACAAUAGUGCUUUGCAAUGUAAGUGCUCAGAGUCUUAAAGUUCACACAAAGCUGAUAUUUAUAAGAUUAAUAUUUGGGUGGACUCAGGCUCACAUUAAUGGAUAAAGCUUUGAUUUACCUACAGAAUAGACGUGGAUUUGUUAUAUUGCAAAUAAACACAAAAUCAUUUCAUGUGGACCCUUCAUGACCUCAAUGAGAAAAUGAAACAAAUCAUGAAAACCAUGAAAAGAAAAAGCUGUGGUGCUACUUAUGGAGGUCAUGACAAGAGACUACAGAAAAGUGACGGGCAGAGCAGAGAGCCAGGAGAGUUCAAGUAAAGAAUGAAACAUCAGAAAGGAGGAGAUGUCUUUUGAAGCCAUGGAAGAAGCGGUCGUUGAAGAAGUUCAUCUCAUUAUUCAGCUAGACUCUGUGGGGUUUGUUAUCCAACAAAACUGUAUGAAUCUUGCAAUCCUAUAUAUUUAUUCAUUAUUCCUUUUUUAUUCAAAAACAAAAUAUAGCCUCUCUCUUUUUUAAAUAUAAUCUUUUUUUUCUAAAUUUAGUAGCAUUUAGCAUAAACUUUUAUUAUUUCCAUUUGAUUUUGUUGUUUAGUCAUUUCAAGCCCUCUAAUUCGGGGU